GGAGCCGCCGGUGCCCCGGAGCCGCCGCGCUAUGGAACCGCCGGGUCCCGCCGAGGCUCCGGGGAGACCCUGGGAUGAAGCCAAGGCUUUCUACGAUAACCUCGCCCCUAAGAAGAAACCCAAAUCGCCCAAACCCGAGAACGCCAUCACCAUCGCCGUGUCCUCGCGGGCGCUGUUCCGCAUGGAGGAGGAGCAGAAGAUUUACACGGAGCAGGGCGUGGAGGCCUACGUGAAAUAUCAGCUGGACCACGAGAACGAGCCCUUCCUCCCCGGGGCUGCCUUCCCCUUCGUCAAGGCUCUGGAGGCAGUGAAUGCUCAGCUCCGUGAGCUCUACCCUGACAGUGAGGAGCUCUUCGACAUCGUCCUCAUGACCAACAACCACGCCCAGGUUGGGGUUCGUUUGAUCAACAGCAUCAACCACUACGGUCUGUUCAUCGAGAGGUUCUGCAUGACAGGAGGGAACAGCCCCAUCUGUUACCUCAAGGCCUAUCACACCAACCUCUACCUCUCCUCUGAUGCUGAGAAAGUGAGUGGGGCCAUUGAAGAGGGGAUUGCUGCAGCCACCAUCUUCAGCCCCAGCAGGGACCUGGAGGUGUCGGAGAAGCAGCUGCGGGUGGCGUUCGACGGGGACGCCGUGCUCUUCUCGGACGAGUCGGAGCAGAUCGUGAAGGCUCACGGCUUGGACAAGUUCUUUGAGCACGAAAAAGCUCAUGAGAACAAACCCCUGGCACAGGGCCCUCUGAAAGGCUUCCUGGAGGCUCUGGGGAAGCUGCAGAAGAAAUUCUACUCCAAGGGGCUGAGGCUGGAGUGUCCCAUCCGCACGUACCUGGUGACAGCGCGGAGCGCCGCCAGCUCGGGGGCCCGAGCCCUAAAAACUCUGAGGAGCUGGGGCUUGGAGACAGACGAGGCUCUGUUCCUGGCAGGGGCUCCCAAGGGGCCUCUGCUGAGGAAAAUCCGGCCCCACAUCUUCUUUGAUGACCAGAUGUUCCACGUGGAGGGAGCGCAGGAGUUGGGCACCGUGGCCGCCCACGUCCCCUACGGCGUGGCCCAAAAACACAAGCAGAGGCAGGAGAAGCAGCAGAACCCCAACAGCAAAUAGUGAGGAUGGGGGUGGUGGGGGGAUCCUCCAGCUCCCCCCUCUGAUCCUACAGGGAAUGUUGAUCCUACAGGGAAUGCUUGUUCUGGGAAUGGGAGCUCAUCCCUCACCCAGGGGCAGGGAGAGAGGAGGAGAAUUUUCCUUGGUGCCUCUGUUGUUGUGGGGGUGUUGUGGCAUUGUCCCUGCUCCCCGUGGGACUGGAGGCUCCUCUGUGCCAGGAGAUGUUUUCCCAGUUCCUCUGUGCACUCUGCACUUGCUCCGGGCAAAACCCCUGCAGGAUGGGUCUGAUCUUUGUGCCAGGCAGGUUUAACCUAUUUAUUUAUUUAAAACCCCCCCAAAGCCUCCUGGCUUUGCCAAGCAAAUGUUGAGGCUGAACUGUUGAGCUGGAAUGUUGGGAGCACCCAAAAAAAAAACCUUCCAAGCAGCUUUGAAACAAAAUUUUGUCCCUUUUAACUGGAAUUAAACCGUGAUAUUGUUCCUUCACUGCCCCAGCUGCUGCUCCCCAAUCAGAAAAUACUCAAUGUCUGUCCUUUC